AUGAAGCGCAUACAGAUCAUCACCACACACAAACACAGCUAUCAAAAGAGGGCUGCUACAGAGAUGUUGGGAAUGGGGCUCAAUUUACAAACAAAUGUUACGCACGCGAACAACGACAAGCAGACUGUGUCACUGCAAGACGCUCCGCACCGUCUUCUGCAACAACAUCAAGAAACGAUACUGCGAGAUGCCAGAAUUAGGCUAAACUCCAAGAAGUCCUUCAUGGACGAUGAAUUUUAUCUGCCAGAAAUGACGCCCUUUGGUGUAUCGCGGAUCCCUUCUGAAAACGGGCGAGGAUUUGCGUCCCCAGCCAACAUGAGGGCGGUGCCAAAAUCUGGCUACCCACUUGCACAGACGCACAAGAAAGCGAAGGAAAACAGCCUGAAGGCGAUGCAAGCCUCGGAGGCGAACGGGAGGGCGCUAGAGCAACAGUUCUACCAAAACCAGCUAGCUGCUGCGGUCCAGCAACAACAGCAACAACAACAACAACAACAACAACAACAACAACAACAACAACAACAACAACAGCAUCAUCAACAGCAGAUUCACCAACACAAUCCUUACCUGACCAACAACGGGUUUCGUGGCUACUCUAUGCAGCAGGAAGCGUGCGUGAUGGACGGGCCAAGAAACUGGCAGCACUAG